GUGGAAAAUUUAGACUGUUUGGUCAAUUUGACCGUAUUGGAUCUGAGUUUCAACCGGAUCAAACGAGUGGAGAAUUUGGAUUCAUUAACAAAUUUGAAAAAACUAUUCUUUGUCAAUAAUCGUAUAUCGAAAAUCGAGAACCUUUCAACUCUAUCCGAAUUGGAAAUGUUGGAGUUCGGAUCAAACAAAAUACGCAAAUUGGAAAAUAUCGAUCACAUGGCAAAACUCACACAGCUCUAUGUGGGGAAGAACAAAAUUCCAACAAUCGAGAACUUGGACUCGCUAACUAAUCUCACUUUGUUGAGUAUUCAGGGGAAUCGUCUCACUAAAAUUGCAGGUUUAGACAAACUGGUCAAUUUGGAACAACUGUACCUGAGUGAGAACGGAAUAACAGAAAUCGGUGGACUGGACAACCUGCUAAAACUACAGAUCCUCGAUCUAGCAUACAACUUUAUCACCAAAAUCGAGAACCUGUCGCAUUUGACCGAACUGGAAGAGUUCUGGUUCAACGACAAUAAAGUAAGCAGUUGGGACCAAAUAGAACACCUACGAACGCUGAAAAGUUUACGUACGCUUUACAUGGAACGUAACCCGAUUUACUUUACCGACAGCGAGCGUACUAAACACGAUCCGGCCUACCGACGCAAGAUCAUGCUCGCACUGCCGAACUUGCGACAGCUGGAUGCAAAUUUAACUGGUGUUGGCUUGUAA